AUGCCAAUGAGUAAUCCGCUGAUCGAGUUCUUCACCGAACACUACAACUUUGACGUGGCCAUGGGGGCGAUCGAGGAUCAUUACGAGCACCUUGUUGACGAUUUAAACGAAGCGGGACCUCAUUCGUCGAUCGAAUUCCGCACGGCUAUCUACGAAAACUUCUUUCAAAGGAUCUACGAAGCCUUGUCGAUUCUUGGCAGGUUCGCAGAUGCAUUCCCCGAGGAUACGUCCGUUGAGGAUCAGCUCCGAUUCUACCAGAACCUCUGCGAGCACAUUCACGAAUACUUCGAACUCGAAGGCACAUUCAAGGACCUGGUUCCAGCCUGGCUCGACUAG